AUGCGGAGGGUUUUGCAAGAUGCGGGGAUGUCAAGGCAGCAGCCUGAUCGGCACGGGUGGGAGCUGGAGAAAAACAACAGAUUCUCGGUUCGCUCCUUGUAUGACAGGUAUGUCUCAGCUUUCAUUCCUUUUGGCUCUUUCGAGGAGUUUGACGAGGCGUUAACUUUGAAUUGGGACUCCGAUGUUCCUUUCAAAAUCAAGGCAUUCAUAUGGAGCUGUUUAAUUAAUAGGCUCCCUACCGGAGACCUCCUCGAUAAGAGAGGUUUGGUUGCGUCAACUCCGCGCAAGUGUGUUUUAUGCGAGUUGGAUUGUGAAACUCUUGAUCUUCUUAUGAUUAAUUGUUGUGUGGCAAGGUUAAUAUGGAGGGAGGUGGCGGAGUGGGUCGGAUUCUCGUAUGGGAAUAGUGCAGGGAUGAAAGGUUGUUUCAUGGAUUGGUUCACUCUUUGCAAAGGCAAUAAGAUGAAGAAAGGAAAGGAAGGCGUUUUUUGGGCAGCUACUUGUUGGAGUAUAUGGUUGUCGUGUAACGGUAUUAUCUUUAGGGGUGUCGAGUGGAAUGUUUGUGAUACGGUAUGGAGGAUUAAGGCUUUGAUUUGGCAUUGGUCUUUUGUCGGUAAUAUUACAUAUCUCAAUUGUAAUUUCUAUGAGUUUUGCAAGGAUCUGGACAAUUUACAUGAGUUAAAAUAUCUAAAGAAAUUUAAAGAGAGUAAGUCUACUAUAAAUAAAGGUAUUAAGAGAGAUGAUAAAAGAGUUCUAACAAAGUGGAAUAACAUUACAUACUCAUUGGAUGAGUCUGAAUGUGAAAAUGACAACAUAGACUUAUGUAAUGAAUUUGAACGAGAGAAAGAAACCAACAUACGUCUUAUGAUUGACUACAAAGAAGAUGAGACAAGAAUUCCUCAAUUUGAGUUCAUUUAUUAUGAGUUAUUUUCUAUAUGUAAAAAUCAUAAUAAUGAAGCAAGUAGAUUUAAAGAUCCCCAACUCUAA